GAAGAUCCCUAGAUCAAAAAAGCCUUAGAAAACCUCUUCUUAGGCUAGAUUCUUUACAAUAAGUAGGCGCUUGCCUUUCUUCUAGAUCGUUGAUAUUUUGCGGCUCAAUUUUUUUGUGUUAUAUGUGUUUGUGAGUCAGCUAAGUUCACACUUUCGCAGGCUCGAAAUCGAGUUUCGUCUAGAAUGGCAAGCGCCGACAUUCAUAUUGCGUUGUAUCGGCAUCGUCAUUAGUUUUUCCGUCCGGAUUGAAUGAAUGUUUUCUAAUGGUAGUAUAUAGGUGUUCUGUUGUUUCGUAGAGCAUUCCUUGAAACUUCGUAAUUUACAAAGCCGGUGAUUGUGGACAUGUCGCCUGGCGAGACUCGUCGUGAGAAUCCCCAAACGGGAACCCCCUGCUGGGGCUUCAUGUAAGGCCAGGGAGGACAACAAUUUGCACCCAUGUCGGCCGUCAAGCUCCCAAGCAUUGACGACUUUGUGGUGCUCAAGCCGAUUAGCCGAGGUGCCUUCGGUAAGGUGUAUCUAGCACAAAAGAAAGGCAGUGAAGGUCAGUUCUUUGCCAUCAAGAGUGUCAAGAAGAGUGAAAUGGUGCACAAGAAUAUGGUUGACCAAGUUCUUGCUGAGCGUAAUGCCUUGGCCGUCAGCCGUAGUCCGUUUGUGGUGCACCUGUUCUACUGCUUGCAGACACCCACCAGCGUGCACUUGGUGAUGGAGUACAUGAUUGGCGGAGAUGUCAAGUCAUUGCUGCAUGCCUAUGGCUUCUUUGAGGAGCCCAUGGCUCGCUUCUACACGGCAGAGGCAGCCCUUGCUCUGGACUACCUUCAUCGCCGAGGCAUUAUCCACAGGGAUCUGAAACCGGACAAUAUGCUCAUCUCUGCUGAAGGGCAUGUCAAACUCACCGACUUUGGUCUCUCGCAAGUUGAGUGCAAGAAAAUUGAUCUGGCUGAUCUGAUUGGGACUCCGGCAAGUCGUGCAUCACGUCCUGUCCAGGGACGCACACCUGGCCAGCUUCUGUCACUUACGUCAGACCUAUCCUUUACUGAGCCGCCGCAGCGAUCAGCACGACGGCGUCUUCCCCGAGGUUCCUGCUCUGCUGGUGGUUCCAUGAAGCGGCCCUCAUCGAGCCCCCUGGUGGUAAAUGCCAAGCGCCUACACUUUGACCUGGGAACCAGCCCACCUCUGCGAAGUCCCCUUCACAGCAGCAGUCUGCAGUCGCCCAAUGUCCUGAGUCCCGAGUGGGCUGAUGGUGCCAGCCACAGUGAAGAGGUGUUUACAUCAAGACCCACUGACAUCACUCCUGUGGCUGAGGCAUUCACUGCAGCCAGCAGCCUAGAGCGCAGGACCCCCAAGGUGUCCAGAGGCCAGCACCGUCUGUUGGGCACCCCGGAUUAUUUAGCACCUGAGCUGCUCCUGGGACAGAAACAUGGUGCACCUGUGGACUGGUGGGCCCUUGGCAUAUGUCUGUACGAGUUCAUGACAGGAAUCCCACCUUUCUGUGACCAGAGCCCAGAGGCAGUCUUCGCUAACAUUCUGCAUGGAGGUACAGAGCCCCUAGUGGCGAGCACCAAAACCAAAUUUGGUGGCUUCUCGGCCGACGAGACAGUGUGGGAGCUUGGGCAUUCCUUCGCAUUCAUGACGUCUGAGAUGAGCUUGAGUGGCCCGUUGGGGAGGAGGCACUGUCGGCCACAGCAGUGCAUGCUGUGUCAGAGCUGCUCACUCGAGAACCUGAAGCACGGCCGGGAUUCCAUGAACUCUGUUUGCUGCCGUUUUUCGAGAGUGUCACGUGGAGCAGCCUGUUGGACAAGGAGCCUCCAUUCGUGCCUAAUCCUGACGAUGACACCGACACUUGUUACUUUGAUGCACGCAACCAGAUGCAGCACCUGCAGCUUUCAAGCUUUGGCUCCUAGCUGAUGCCUGCCCCGAGAACUCGACGAUUGUGCGUCGCUCCUUUUAGUGCUUUAGCGUGUAUUGGUUCUUAGCUUGCAAAAGUUUUAGCCUGGUCUGUUUGAUUGUUAGUUCUCAUUAAUGAUUUCCCGAUCUUUUCUGUAAUUCACGUGACAGUGCAUCACGUGACUACGUGCCCAUGUCAUUCGUCUGCACGAACAUAAAUUUCCGUUCCACACAUAGGUGGUUCCAGCUUACAACCUAGCUUAUAAUGUCACUUCGACAAUGUGCUCAGUUUUGCCUGCGGAGCACUCCAAGGACCCAACUAGUCAUCCACCUGACAUUUUAUGGUCACGUAGGUUUCAGUACAGUCUAAGGCUAACAAUGCUCAAAAGCAGUGCAAAAAAUAAACUGACUGGGUCUAAAAUAAUAACGUUACGAAGUUGUGACGGUGAAGAAGGCUGCAGCAAAACUGGAAAAUACAGACCGCUUUUUUUUUAGCAAACUUGUGCCUGAAAAAUGAUAACUCACUAUACAAGCGAUGUACACUGAUAGUGAUAAAAACAGUCAUCGAAUGUA